AACUAAGCGCAGAUGUCGGAGGUACUGACCAGUGAGACCAUGUAUCACGUAGACAACUAUAGAUGAGACCAACCUUGCUGUUUGAAUACAAAGUUACUCUUCUGACUAAAAUCUCCAAAGGAAAUGGUGACCAUGCUGCUAAGAGGGCUUGCCUCGCUUUCACAUCAGAGUACGCCCCGUAUCGGCCUACACGGUAAUUCCAGCUAUGAGCUGCUAAAUGGUUCCGAUUAUUCCCCUGGAUCCGACUGGCUAUGGCCGUGCAAUGUGAGCAUGUAUGACUGCAAUGAUACAGUUUUCAACGGUACAGAUGGAAACAAAACUUUCCCAGUCGAGCCGCCCUUUCCACUAUGGGCUACCGUUAUUUUCGGGGUUUUGGCUGGAAUCGUCAGCCUCGUGACGAUUUUAGGAAAUUUAAUGGUGGUGAUAUCAUUUUUCCUGGAACGAGCCAUACGCCAGCCUACCAACUACUUCAUUGCGUCUCUUGCCGUUUCGGAUUUACUGAUAGGUACUUUCUCUAUGCCUUUGUUUACUGCCUAUGUGCUUCUCGGAUACUGGCCGUUUGGCCCAUGGAUAUGUGAUUUGUGGCUCUCCCUUGACUGGACUGUUUGUUUAGCUUCGCAAUAUACUGUGUUUUCCAUCACAGCAGAUCGUUUCUGCUCCGUGAGGAUUCCGGCCAAGUACCGUAACUGGAGAUCUGAGCGCAAGGUUCGGGUGAUAGUGGCGGUGAUAUGGACCAUUCCGACCUCAGUAUUCUUCACUACUAUCAUUGGCUGGCAGUUCUUUGUGGGCCGAAGAUCCCUUCUGGAUACGGAGUGUGAUGUUCAGUUUAUGAGCAAUCCCUUGUUUAUGUUGUUUUUAACCAUCGGCUAUUUCUGGAUAACGCUAGUCGUUAUGUGUGUGCUUUAUGCUUGUAUUUAUAAAGUAGCUCUCGAUCUUCAAAGGAAGUCCGAAGCUAAGCAAAAGAAAAUGAACAAUGCUAUUGGGAUGAUGUCUCAGCACCUCCGUCUUGGCCUGACACUGGCUCGUGCUACUACACUGCAGCAAACUGACUCUACCAACCGCCAAUCGGAUGCCGUCAACAACGGUAGCCCGGCGCAGCAAGGCGUCACUACCACCAGUUUUACAAGUAACAAGAACACUGGUGAUCGCGAUGAAGACAGGUCAAGUAGCCCUGCCUUCCCUUCCGAUGAGGAGAACAGUAGUCAAUCGUCAGCCAUCCCCAAGAAGCCACAUCACCAUCAUGAGCACCACCACAAACAUCCCGCGAGCAAACACAAGAAAAACCGGUCUAGUAAAGCUCGCUGUGACUGUGAUGAGAUGAAAUCAUUGGUUCCUAAAAAGUCCAGCUCUGUUGGCGUUACAAAACUGGGAAUCAUUAAACCAGAGGUUAAAACAGUAGAGACGUCUAAAAAACCCGUGGAAAUUGUGAAAGGGCCUUUACCAUCACCAACCCCUCCUCCACCGCCACCAAGAUAUGAAGAAAUUAUGUCUAAAAACGUUACGUUUCAAGAUGAAACGGGCUUACUAGAAACUGAUUUGGAUUCAGUAGCGAACGAAGAAAAGAAAGCCGAUAAAGGAGUUGAAAAUUCAAAUCACAAACCAUCAAAUAGAAAUAUGCAAGACCUAAUAAGUUUUAAAGAAAACAAUCUUGGAGACAAAAAUGUCAAAAAUACCCAGACACCGCCUGAUACCACAUCGGUACCUGUUCAAAAUACGGUUAUACGGGGGUCGAAGUACAUAGACCCGGAGAGUAUGAGACUUCUUACUUCAGAGAAUGUCCGUCUUUUGGGUGAUUCCUCCGCUCAGUUCAUCGAGGAUAUAAAAAUGAAUCCCGAAGAAGAAGAGGAAGAAGUAUAUAACUCAACCAACUCUUCUCCAAUCUGGCAAAAGCGUCCAUGUUUCACACGCUUUGAUACGUCUCCAGGACGCACGAUUAAGUCGGAUUGCUCAAAUAUGAGUCAAACGACAGUGGAAGUAAAUGUGGACAAACCGAGUACAAGUUCUGAAAGUGCUCGACCCGUGUCAAUGGCCAGUGUCCAGCUAGAUGUGCUGGAGGACGAGGAAAGUAACCGUGAAUGUGCUCAAAUUACUCACAUGCCUAACAUCAAACCCCCAAGCGUGGUGGAGAACAGUCUGGAGCGGACACCCUCCAAAAGAAGCAGGCUGGGGAGCCCCUUAAAAAAUUUGGUUAAGACGGUCAGUGCUAAAAAAGUCAAGAGACGCUCCCGUAGAGAGAAAACAAAGGCAAAAUCGAAGUCGGAAAACCGUGCAAGGAAGGCCCUGCGAACAAUUACGUUUAUUCUUGGAGCAUUUCUCCUCUGUUGGACCCCAUACCAUGUCUUUAUAUUAGUCACAGGCUUCUGUAACGAGUGCAACAUAAGUAAUCUGUACAACAUUUGCUAUUGGCUAUGCUAUAUGAACAGUCCCAUCAACCCUUUUUGUUAUGCCUUUGCUAAUGCACAGUUUAAACGGACGUUCCUAAGGAUCUUGCGACUAGAUUGGCACAGAACGUAGCAAGAGCAAAGAUUUCUAGCUAUCGAGAGACUGUUCAGAUGUCUCGCUGUUUUACUGUUUUGUGUAGAGAUUUGGUAAAAGUGCUGUAUAAAUGUAUGCAUCGUGACUGCUUUGAACUUGUCUCUAUGUGUACAUAAGAAUUUAGAGGUUUGUUAUGACGUCAUCUGUCCUAAUCAAAGGAAGACAACGGGUUAGGCUAAUGCUGUUGAUUUAUAGAAAGACGACAUUAGUUUGGAUACUGACAGCGUUUGUUUUGGGUUUCCAAAAGAUAAAAAAGGUCCUUGAUUAUUGAUUAAACAUUAUACUUUGACCAAAGUGGU